AACAAGAACAUGCUUCAUUACAUUGUGUUGUUGUUUGCCUAAGUACGAUACAUUUAUUGUCCCUAAAAAAACUGAAACAAUAAGCUUUUUUUCCUUUCAAGUUAAGGUGUUUUAAGGCGUCAGCAUGCUUGGAAGUCGAAACAGUUGGGUAAAAUAUAUGAAUUUAUUUCAUGACGAAAGUUUUGGACUCCAGCGAGGGUUUUUAAUGGAGGAAGGCGGAAGUUCGGAGCUGAAGUCUACGCCCCUUCGUCGGUGAUUGACCCAGUCCUCCUUGGUCGUAGGUGCUAACGUCCAAACUAGACUGCCACAAGCCGAAAACAUCGCCACACAGCCGGGCAGUAGUAGUUUUGAGCAUGGCUAAUUCAACUGGGAUCAGUGUUGUACCACCGGGUCAGACAGCGGGGGGAGGCAGCAGCGCAGGAGAUGAUCAUGUGAACCCAGAGUACAUAGCCUUCGUCCUGGUGCCGGUCUUCUUCCUCCUGGGUCUCCUGGGGGUUUUGGUGUGUCACGUCCUGAAGAGGAAGGGUUACCGCUGCACCACCGAGGCUGAGGAUGAGGAGGAGGCGGCCCGGGUAGCAGAGGCGGAAAAGAAGGAUCUGGAGAUGUGUACAGAGCUGAACGACACCUACAGUGAGAGCAACGACGACACCGUGGGACAGAUCGUUCAUUACAUCAUGAAGAAUGAAGCGAACUCCGAUGCCCUCCAAGCCAUGGUUCCUGAAAACAGCAUAGACUCAGAAGGCCCACCGCUGACUCCCACCUCCCCCACCCUCCCAGUGACCCCCGUCUCGCCUCGUGUCCCGGCCGGACUUGCCAGACACACCUGCAACCACCUGCACACCAUCGGAGGCAUGGGGGGCCUCAGCAGCGUCUGCAACCGCUGCAAUCACAAAAAGUGGCCCCUGAUGAGGCGCGUGUCCACCAAGAGGAUAGUAGAUCGGAGGAGCCACGGAGAGGUCACUGUGUUGGCUGUGGGGAGGUUCCGGGUUACAAAGUGUGACAAGGACAGGCCCGUCAGAGAAAGGAGGACCAUGCUCAGCACUGACUCCAACGGGAGUAUGCCGGCGUCGCCCACGGAGAAGGAACCCUUUGAGGGCAGGACCAUCUCUGAGUCACAUCAGGAUCAGAAGGAAGACGGGGAUGAUCCAAAGUGACAGGAACCAAGAGCAGCGCAUGGCUUCCUGAAGAGAGCCAAGGGGGGAAAUAUGAUCAUUUGCAACACUUUUUAAACCCAGAAUCGGACCGUAGAGAAGCAUCGGCGCGCGAAGAGCAGCAGAGGCGAUCCAGGGGUAAAUCCCUCCCUGUUCUGUCUCCUUUGAUGGUCAGACGAGACAGCGGUGUUGAUGGUGAAUUAGAGGAUGAAGAUGAGACCGGUUACUCUCUCUCUAUCAAACUUGGCCCUCUGUCUCGGGCAGGGUAGCGGAAAGGGUGUCUAGUAUGACGUGUUAGAAAGAGCCAUUGUGCUGUUCAUCAGACAGUGAGUCACUGGUAGUGCCACCCCCCCACACCCUCUCGUCACCAAAGAUGUGGAAACCACCACCAAACGUUAAUGAUUGAUUUUUUUUUUUCCCAAGGAGGGAAAGCACAAACGCUCACCUGACCAGGAAGUUGAGAUUGCAUUGGGGGUUGUGUGAGCCAAGAGCCAAUAAACUGUGCAGUGUGUUGGCGCCAAAUACACAAUCUCUGCCUAGCCUUCACGUCCACUUCUGACCCCCUGGGCAAAGACUGGUUGAAUCCAAGUUGUUUCCACCUCAUUUAAACCCCCAGAAUCUAUCAUGACGUUGAAUCAACGUGAAAAACUAGUUGGAUUUGCAAAAAGUCAUCAUUGUAAGGGAAUUUAUAAAAAAAACAUUUUAAAAAAUCACCCAACUUUGAACCUAAAUCCAGUGACCUAGUGAUUUAUUUGUAUUGUUUUUUGUUUUUUUACAUUAGUUGACAACUCAACCAACAAUAAUGUUGAACUGACCGCUUCCAAUUGGCUCAUUUCCCCCCUCCUCUCCCCUGUAACUAUUCCCCAGGUCGUUGCUGUAAAUGAGGUGUUCUCAGGACUAUCUAGUCCCCCCUCCUUCUAGAACACCAAUGGAGUACAUUAACUAGGUUUAUAUAGUGAGGAGAAAUUUCCUCAUCACCUUUUAAAAAAAAUAAAAAAAAUAAUAAUCUUUUGGUUGUCACGGUGACAUAUGGAACCGCUUCUGAUUCCACCCCAAUGAAACUACCUAUUGACUCGUCUCUUUGCCAAUAUUACGUAUGGUUUCUAUUCAAAGGAGCUGAACAAAUCCAUUUUAAACUUCAGUAGGAGGCCUUUAAAAUGCACUUCUUUUUCUUGAUCGAUGCACAGACCGUCUUCGUCGGAAGAGCUAGUAGCAGCUGUCUUGUGUGUCUCACUGAGUUUGAGUACGGUGGUAUGUGGUGGGGAUGUAGACUUCGUGUGAGAGACUUCUUUUUUGUGUGUGUGUGUGUGUGUGUGUGUGUGUGUGUGUUUUUCAACGUGAAUCAUGAGGUCAAAUGUUUUGUUUUCUAUGGUGAAUAAGGUUUUCUUUUUAGUCCAGGACUUAGAUACAUGAACAUUACCUUUAGGAACAAACAAAAAAACUGUCUUUUUUAAAAUCUAGAACAGGAGCUGAACCAAAAUGAUUAUACAAUGCAAAAAAAAAAUAUAUAUUUCUCAGUGAGGAGAGGUAAUGUCUUGUGAUCAAAUGUGUUAAAAUGUCAUUUAUACUGUAACAAUUAAUCUAUUGACUCCUAUUUGCCAUGAAAAGUAAACAAAUGUCAUAGUAUGUUAAAACGGACAGUGUUUCAGAUGAACCCAUACCAAAGCCAAAACUAUUUUCUGGGCGGGAUUACUUUUUAAGCUUUCCAUUCGUCAACGAGUAGGCCUACAUUGAGCAAACCUGAACAACGUACAACACUCCAAUCCAAAUCUACCAU